UCUAAAGGGUCUGGAAUUGUACUUGCACACAAGGCUGAUAUACCCUCAACAGAGGUUUCUCCUCCAAGUCCCAGUCCUCUGAAAAAAAGUGGAUCAAUCAACUGGCCUUUCCCUGAUAGAAUUAAAUCUCCCAGGACUGUGAGGAAGCUUUCCAUGAAAAUGAAAAAGCUGCCAGAGCUGAGCAGGAAACUGAGUGUCAAGGGUACGACAAGCCAUAGUAAUUCAGAUAACCCUCCUUCACUGCUGAAAGGUAGCUGCCGGGAUACAAGCCAUACAGUGUCUUUGCCGUCUUCUGGAAACUCAGCCACCACUGCCAGCAGAAAAAAACGUUACCAUCUUGACAGCAGUGUGUCGUCACAGCACACCUACAAAAAGAAAAGCUCAAGGAGCUCCAAGUCCUUCAACAAAGGUGGUUAUCUCAGUGAUGGUGACUCUCCUGAACUUAUAACAAAAUCAGGUAAACAUGGGCAUGAAACCAAGUGUGGGAAAGGAAAGGAAAGCCUUCCAAGUAACAGUGGUAAAACUGAAAUAGAUAUUGAUGCUUUCAGACACUAUAACUUUUCUGAUCAACCCAAGUGCUCUCAGUAUAUCUCUGGACUCAUGAGCAUUCACUUUUAUGGUGCUGAAGACUUAAAACCACCAAGAAUAGACUCAAAAGAUGUCUUUUGUGCAAUACAGGUUGACUCAGUAAACAAAGCAAGAACAGCCCUGCUUACAUGUAGGACAACAUUUCUAGAUAUGGACCACACGUUCAACAUAGAAAUUGAAAAUGCUCAGCACUUAAAGCUGGUGGUGUUCAGCUGGGAACCCACCCCACGGAAAAAUCGUGUGUGUUGUCAUGGAACUGUUGCUCUUCCCACUCUCUUCCGAGUGACAAAGACACAUCAGCUGGCUGUCAAACUGGAACCAAGGGGGCUUAUUUACGUCAAGCUGUCGCUCAUGGAGCAGUGGGAGAACUCUCUUGAUGGUCUUGAUGCAGAUCGGGAGCCUGUGAUGUUCGGGGUAGAUGCUCGAAAAGUUGUAGAGAAAGAAAAUGCGGGCUUGAUGGUGCCACUUUUGAUGCAGAAAUGCAUUCUGGAGAUUGAAAAGAGAGGCUGUCAGGUGGUAGGCCUGUAUCGGUUAUGUGGCUCAGCAGCGGUUAAGAAAGAGCUUCGAGAGGCGUUUGAGAGGGACAGCAAGGUUGUUACUCUCUGCGAAAGCCAGUACCCAGAUAUUAAUGUCAUAACAGGUGUCCUAAAGGACUAUCUGCGAGAGCUGCCCUCUCCACUAAUAACCAAGCAGCUCUAUGAAGCAGUGUUGGAUGCCAUGGUGAAAAAUCCCUUGAAAAUGACAGCAAGCGGUUGUGAGAAUGACCCGAGUGACUCUGAGCACACAGCAGCCCUUCUGGAUUGCCUGCCAGAUGUUGAGAAGGCUACCCUGAAGAUGUUGUUGGAUCACCUGAAACUGGUGGCUUCUUACCACGAAGUCAAUAAGAUGACGUGCCAGAAUUUAGCUGUGUGUUUUGGGCCCGUGUUACUGAGCCAGAGGCAGGAGACCACCAACCAUAACAACAGAGUCUUUACAGACUCAGAAGAGCUUGCUAGCGCCCUGGACUUCAAAAAACACAUAGAGGUUCUUCACUAUUUGCUCCAGCUGUGGCCAGUACGUCACUUGCCUGCCAAAGAGCCAGCACAUCUGAACGCAUUUCCUGAGCACCCAUCAUCCCUGAAUUACCUGAGGCCCAAGAGGCAGAGACCUCAGAUGCUGAAUCUGAGCGGUACCGAGAUGUCUGGGGUACUCAGACCAAGGCCAGCAGGUCUAGACAGCCCGUCAAGCAACCGCUACGCUGGAGACUGGAGCAGUUGUGGGGAGAACUACUUCUUAAACCCAAAAGACUGCCUGAGUGAAGCAGACUAUGAUGACGUCCCUUCGGAAGACACAGAGAGCGGGGAUGACAGUAGCAAAGCCGAGGAGUCGGAUCCUCUGGUCAGACACCCGCAGCCCAUCCCCAGAGAGGACACGUUUCAGAGCUAUUUGACAAUGCAAGCAAUAGACUCUGCGGUGGAUCACAGAGCAAACCUGAAAGACCUGCAGGAAAGUAUUGAUACUCUAAUAGGAAACCUGGAAAGGGAACUCAACAAAAACAAGCUAAAUAUGAGUUAUUAA